AUGCAUCGCUCUACUUACGACGCCCGUUCGGGCUCCCGUUCUACCAACCACAGCAACAGCAGCGCUUUCAGUCCCAACGCAAACCCUAACGAGGACUGGACAAAGAUCUCAGAUCUCGCAGAGCGCCGUCGCAUCCAAAAUCGCAUCGCGCAACGCAACUAUCGCAAGAAGCUCAAGCGCCGUCUCGAGGAUCUAGAGAGACGUGCUGCUUCUUCGGCUUCUCCAGAGCAAUCCCAUGCAGAGCCUGUACUCCCAAAGGCCACCAACAAAUCCCGCCCUAAGCAGCGCGGCAGCAAAUCAGAUGUGAAAGCGCAGCAUCCCUCGCGCGCCCCAGUUUCGGAACGACCAGCGUCCUACGAGUAUUACAGCACUCCUGAUGAGCGCAACAUGUUUGCCCAGCAAUGCACUCGACAGCUCUCCGCUUCUCCACCUCCAGUCUUCUCAUAUCCCCCGAUCCCAACAUACGACACCUACCGACAACCUUAUUCCCAGCUUCCACUCUAUCACAAUGUUCCCGCCACAUACAACGAAAUGUCAUUUGCGGGCGACUAUGGCGAGCCAGUCAACUCUGGGAUCCCCAUGAUUCCAGGAACUGCGAUGGGUGUUGGCCGGAAACAGGUCUACGAAGAGGAGAUGAUUAGUCCAUUCAGCAUGAGCUACGCUUCGAUGGCAGGCAUUGAUCUCUGCGCACAACCUCCACAAGCAGAGCCCGGUCUUCCGAUGCCUUCGCUUUCCUACGCCUACACAGAUGACCAGCGCACGGCUUCGACUUCUCCAGAAGCCUCUAUCUUCGCAUUUCCUCCCACGCCAGAAUCUCCACCCUGCUCGCCAAGGUCUAUGCCGGGUCUGUUUGAGUACGAUCUGCGGCCAUAG